UGGGGCCAUUAAUAAAUUAUGAAAAUAAAAUAUACACUCUAUAAAAGAACUUUUCAUCAACAAAUGCAUGCAUUCAAAAACAAAUUCCCAAAAAAAAUAAGAACUUUUCAAAAACAAGAAAAAAGAGAGCAUGAAGUUGGGUUUGCUUACUUGUAUAUUGGGUGCUGAAAAAAAUUAGGGGCCCUAAUUUUUACACAUUUUUAGGGGCCUAGGCUGCUCUUGGGUUAGGGUCUGCCCUAGGUUUUACUCCGACUUUUAAUUAGACCUCACAGAAUGUUGAGAUUGGUCUUUCAAGAAUUAAUUGAGAGCAAGCUGAUUUGGAUACAUGUAGUAUAUGCUUUUAUAUAUGUAUCUCGUAUACUGAGUCAAUAUUUAAUACUCUUCACUCUCUGAUAUAGUAGGUAGAAAGUAAGGCAAUUUGCGAUCCCAUUUAGCAGCAAGCUAUGACGGAAGCCCGGAAAGUGUACGGAAGCCUGAACUCUCCGGCCACAUUGAAGUUGUUGGCCUUGCUCUUUGAGCUGGAUGUCCCCUUCGAAUUCGUCGCCGUCGAUUUGGAUGCCGGGGAACACAAAAAGAAACCUUUCCUGUCUAUGAGUCCAUUUGGGGAAGUUCCAGUGUACGAGGAGGGAGGCAUCAUCUUCUUCGAAUCGAGGACAACAAUGAGAUGCAUGGCCCAUCAAUAUGGCCACAAAGGAGAAGAAGCCCUUAUCGACUGGGACUCCAGGAAGCAAGCCGUCGUGUCUAACUGGGUGGACGUAGAGGACCACCACUUUGAGCCACCGGCACUCAAGCUGAUCUUCGAGCUAGCCAUCAAGCCGAGCAAGGGUUUAGGACCGGAUGAAGUCGUGGUGGCUGAAGCGGAAGCCGGGCUGGCUAAAGUUCUAGACGUCUACGAGGCUAGGCUUGAAAAGUUCAAGUACUUGGGUUCGGAGAAAUACACUAUAGUGGACGUAAUGCACCUGCCAAAUAUGCAGAGUCUACUGGGGACGGCGGCUAAGAAGCUAAUCGAGUCACGCCCUCGGGUCAGUGCGUGGUGCUCCGACAUCCUUGCCCGGCCCGCUUGGGCUAAGGUGAUUGAUAUGCAAAAGAAGGCUCAAGAUCAUUCGGCUAUGUAAUGAUCAAUCGAAUCCCUGAAUGCAAAUAUUUGAUUUUAUCAUCAAUUAAUUCAUGCCGGAAAUAUGGAAUGUCAAA